UUCGACAAUAUAUUUUGGUUCUAACGUUUAUUUCUCAAAACUCAAAAUUCAAAAAUCUUAAGAUCGAAAAAUUCGAACCGAGUAUAUUAAUGUAUGAGAGUAAUUGGUUUACUUAAACCAGAUAAUUAAGAUUGAAUUGAUGUAAACCGAGGUCAAAGCCUCCAUAUAUAUAAGUGAGAGUUACUGAGAAGUGAGAAAUAAGCAAAUCAGUUCUUCAUUUCUCCUUCUUCAUAUAAAAUCCUCUCAGGUAUCAGAGCAAUUUGCUCCAUUGCGUUGCUGAUUUCUUCAAUUGAUCGUAUGUUUUCUCCGAUGACGAAGAAACAAUCCAAGCUCAGGAUUUACAAUCAGAAAAUGUUUCACCUCGCGCUAGUAGAUCUCCUUCAACUCGAGAGAUUCCGCGUCAUGAUUCUUCCCCGAUUGAUACCAAUCGUGUUUCUUCUGGAUCUAACGAUUGUAUCUCUGUCCCGACCACCCGAGAAUUGCUCCGAUUUGCUUUAGCGAUGCAAUUUCGCUUGUUUGGUAUGUCUGAAGUUCCCGAACUCUCUUUCAGUCUCUCUAAGCAUUUAGCUUCUGGAUAUCUCUAUGUUGAUGAUGUUUGUUGCAAUAUGGAGAUUUUCGAAAUGUUAAUGUAUUCGUAGAGAGAUGGAGAUUUGGUUAGAAAAACUUAAAUUUCAAAGAAGCUUCUAGUGAUGAACUUUCUUUAGCCAUCUAAUUUAAUAUACAUCAAUAAAUAAACAAUGUAUGAGUGGAAACCACCUGGAAAUUUUGUAAGGGCAUGUAAAGUUUUUGGUCAAAUUUUGGAGUCAAUGAUCUCUAUUUAAUUCCCUGCAGUGAUCAAGAGUUUGAUACAAAUGAUUUUAUUGGUUUCUUCUUUUGAUCCACUUCCAUGGCUUCUUCUUCUUCUCGCAGCUGGACAUACGAUGUUUUCCCGAGUUUCAGUGGGGAAGAUGUCCGUAAAUCAUUCCUCAGCCACCUUCUCAAGAAGCUUCAUCGCAAAUCAAUCAAUACAUUCAUAGACAACAACAUCGAGAGAAGCCACGCGAUCGCCCCUGACCUUUUAUCCGCGAUAAAUAACUCGAUGAUCUCAAUCGUGGUAUUCUCUAAGAAGUAUGCUUCUUCCACCUGGUGCUUGAAUGAAUUGGUGGAGAUCCACAAGUGUUAUAAGGAGUUGACUCAAAUUGUCAUUCCGAUUUUCUACGAAGUUGAUCCUUCUGAUGUUAGAAAGCAAACCAGAGAGUUUGGCGAGUUCUUUAAAGUGACCUGCGUGGGGAAAACAGAAGAUGUGAAGCAACAAUGGAUAGAAGCUCUUGAAGAGGUAGCAAGUAUAGCCGGACAUGAUUCUAAGAAUUGGCCUAACGAAGCAAACAUGAUUGAACAUAUCGCCAAAGAUGUGUUAAAUAAACUUAUUGCAACAUCAUCAUCGAAUUGUUUUGGAGAUCUUGUCGGGAUCGAAGCUCAUUUAAAGGCAGUGAAGUCAAUCUUGUGCUUGGAAUCUGAGGAAGCAAGAAUGGUAGGGAUUUUGGGGCCUUCAGGCAUUGGUAAGACUACCAUAGCUAGAAUUUUAUACAGUAAGCUCUCUAGCCAAUUCGACUAUCACGUUUUUGGUUCUUUUAAGAGAACCAACCAGGACAACUAUGGCAUGAAGUUGAGUUGGGAAGAGCAGUUUCUGUCAGAAAUUCUAGAUCAAAAGGACCUAAAGAUAAGCCAAUUAGGUGUGGUGAAACAGAGGCUAAAGCAUAAGAAAGUACUUAUCGUUCUUGAUGAUGUGGAUAAUCUAGAGCUAUUAAAGACUUUAGUGGGACAAACCGGGUGGUUUGGACCUGGAAGCAGAAUUAUCGUGACCACUCAAGAUAGGAUCCUUCUCAAGUCUCACAAGAUUGAUCAUAUUUAUGAGGUGGGGUACCCAUCGAGAAAAUUGGCUCUUCGGAUUUUAUGUCGAUCUGCUUUCGACAGAAACUCCCCACCUGAUGGUUUCAUGCAGCUUGCAAAUGAAGUUACAGAGCUUGUUGGUAAUCUUCCUUUGGCUCUCAAUAUCAUGGGUUCGUCUUUGAAAGGGAGGGACAAGGAAGAGUGGAUAGAGAUGAUGCCUAGUCUCCGAAAUAGUUUGGUGGAUGGAGAAAUUCUGAAAACAUUAAGAGUCAGCUAUGAUCGAUUACAUGGGAAUUAUCAAGAAAUAUUCCUUUAUAUUGCGUGUUUACUAAAUUGCUGUGGAGUCGAAUACAUUAUAAGCAUGCUUGGAGAUAAUGCUAUCAUUGGGUUGAAAAUACUGGCUGAGAAGUCCCUCAUACAUAUAUCACCACUGGACAAAACUGUAGAGAUGCACAGUUUGCUACAAAAGUUGGGUAGAAAGAUUGUUCGUGAUGAAUCCUUUGGAAAUCCUGGAAAACGCCGGUUCUUGUUGGAUGCUGAGGAUAUUUGUGAUGUAUUUACCGAUAAUACCGGCACAGAAACUGUACUAGGUAUAUCUCUUAACACAUUGGAAAUCAACGGGACAUUGUCUGUAGAUGAUAAAUCAUUCCAAGGUAUGCAUAAUCUCCAAUUUCUUAAAGUUUUCGAGAAUUGGCGGCGGGGGAGUGGUGAAGGCAUAUUGUCUUUACCUCAAGGCCUCAAUUCUUUGCCCCGAAAACUCAGACUACUACACUGGUAUAAAUUCCCGUUGAGGUGUAUGCCUUCUAACUUCAAGGCCGAGUAUCUGGUUAACCUAGAAAUGGCGUAUAGCCAGCUUGAGAGGUUGUGGGAAGGAACUCAGCAACUUGGAAGUCUCAAGAAGAUGGAUCUGUCCAAGUCCGAAAAUUUGAAAGAAAUUCCAGAUCUUUCUUACGCCGUAAAUCUAGAGGAAAUGGAUCUUUGCAGUUGUAAAUCUUUGGUAACACUUCCUUCCUCAGUUCGAAAUCUUGAUAAACUUAGGGUGUUAAGAAUGAGUAGCUGCUCAAAUGUCGAAGUUCUUCCAACUGAUCUCAACUUGGAAUCUCUCGAUCUCCUUAAUCUUGAAGAUUGCUCACAGUUGAGAAGUUUUCCUCAGAUUUCAAGGAACAUUUCAAUUCUUAAUCUAAGUGGAACUGCAAUAGACGAAGAAAGUUCUUUAUGGAUAGAGAAUAUGUCUAGGCUCACUCAUCUCCGCUGGGACUUUUGUCCACUGAAAAGUCUGCCUUCUAACUUUCGUCAAGAACAUCUCGUUUCUUUACAUAUGACACAUAGCAAGCUUGAGAAGUUAUGGGAAGGAGCCCAGCCUUUUGGAAAUCUCGUGAAUAUUGAUCUUUCGCUAUCUGAAAAGCUGAAAGAAUUUCCAAAUCUUUCAAAGGUCACCAAUCUCGAUACGUUGGAUCUUUAUGGUUGCAAAAGUUUGGUGACAGUUCCCUCCUCAAUUCAGAGUCUCAGUAAGCUGACGGAAUUGAACAUGAGAAGAUGCACAGGUCUCGAGGCUCUUCCUACGGAUGUGAACUUGGAAUCUCUUCAUACUCUAGAUCUCAGUGGGUGCUCAAAGUUGACAACUUUUCCUAAGAUUUCAAGAAACAUUGAACGUCUCCUUCUGGACGACACUGCGAUUGAAGAAGUUCCUUCGUGGAUUGAUGAUUUCUUUGAGCUCACUACACUCAGUAUGAAAGGUUGCAAGAGGUUAAGAAACAUCUCUACAAGCAUUUGUGAAUUGAAAUGUAUUGAGGUGGCAAACUUCUCUGACUGUGAAAGACUCACAGAAUUUGAUGAUGCAAGUAUGGUAAGAAGAAUCUUACGCACCAUUGAUGAUCUGAUAGCACUGUACGAGGAGGCUUCAUUUCUUCAUGCAAUAUUUGUACUGUGCAGAAAACUCGUAUCAAUAUGUGCAAUGGUUUUUAAAUAUCCCCAAGCUCUCUCUUACUUCUUCAACAGUCCAGAGGCUGAUCUCAUUUUCGCUAACUGCUCCAGUUUGGAUCGAGAUGCGGAGACACUCAUCCUAGAAUCAAAUCACGGGUGCGCGGUCUUACCAGGUGGAAAAGUGCCUAACUGUUUCAUGAAUCAAGCUUGUGGAAGUUCCGUAUCUAUUCCUUUACAUGAGAGCUAUUAUUCUGAAGAAUUUCUUGGCUUUAAGGCUUGCAUUGUGCUUGAAACUCCGCCUGACCUGAAUUUUAAACAAUCGUGGAUUUGGGUACGCUGCUAUUUCAGAGACAAAUGUGUCGAGCAUAGUGUCCAGUUUUCCUGGGACUCGAAUAAGAUGGAUCACCUGCUUAUGAUCAACUUUCGGCUCCCUACAAAAGAAAUAAUUGGAUGUCCAUCUCAAUUGGACACCGAUGACUUGAUGUUUUUUUUUUACCACCAUAUGUAUUAUGCUUGUAAUUCCUACGUAAAUCCUUCUCCAUGCUCAGUCCAAAGGAUAAAAGGAUGUGGUAUAAAAUUUUGGGAUGUCUCUCCCAGAGUUCUAUCUCAAAGUGAGCUUGAUACUUACUUCUCCUGGCCAGUUAAAGGUGAAGGUGAAGCUGAAGGUGAAAGUGAAGGUGAAAGCGAAGACGAACAAGAAGAAGACGAAGAUGAAGAUGCAUAUUUGGAGAUUGAGGAUGACUCGAGCUUGUCGUCGUUUGUAGGUGGAGGAGAAUAUUGGUGAAUCUUUUCUAAAUACAAACACCUUAGUUCGGUGACUCUUUGAGUUUGAUGGUGAACUUUGAGGCUAUAAUUGGCUCAGGCAAGAGUUCUUCUACUGGAUUCAAUAAAAACCAUCAUCUUUUGGAUUUAAUAGCUUAGCUUCUCUAUUUUUGGUCUCAAAAACUAAAGUACAAUAACGUGUAUAUACUUAAUAAUGAACCACACUUACCGUAUUAUUGAUUUCGAUCGAUCAGUUACAUUCACAGAUGAAACAUGUUGCGGUAGAUUACCAUUUCAUAAAUCAUACAGGAUCAAGUUCAAAACAGCAAGUUACUGAAUCCACAUCGUACUCGUCACACGUUGCACUCUUAGUGCUUUCGGCAGACCACACGAGCUACAAGAGCCAGGCAGUCCUUUUAUCCAUAACCAAAACAAAUAUGUGAAGAAUUUUUGUACCAUCUCUAUCCAAUACUAUCUUAAAAAACAAUGUGUAAACAAACAAACAAAAAUUAUGUUAGCGUUCGUCUAGAAGAUUAUAAACAAAAAUUAUGAUUAUAAAGAUUCUUUCAUCUAAAAGAGUAACUAAUCUAAUAGAACUCUUAUGUUUGCUUUAAGUUACAUUGUACGUAAAAAAAGAGAGACCUACAAGUGUGUGUAUUGUGUAAUGAAUAUACUUUAGAAAUCCUUAAAUCAACUAAUCCGUGGUAUGAAUAAAUGAUCUUGUACGUAUAUAUAAAUAUAUCUUUUGCUCCUAGAUCAAGAUGAUGGUGAACUUUGUCUGCCUUCAAAAUCUCUCCUAAUAAUCUCCAGAACCAUCUCGUUCCAUGUGUCCACUGGCCCUGGCAUGCACCAAUGCAAACAGUCUUGUGGAGGAGGCUGACCGUCUGGUCCACGUUUUGUGAUCUUUUUCGGGUCAGGACUCCUGUAUGGACCAGGAUGACCGUCGUGGCGAUACCCGAAAGCCUCAGUGAUAUCCAUUAGCUUCAGCUUCUUCGAUCUAUUCCCGAGCUUAUCAUCCGCGACAGCACGGUGAAACCCUGUUGCUUGCUUCUCGUGCAUUAUCUCUGUGAACCCGUUUGUAACUAAAUUCCCAGGAGGAAGCGGCUCUACUUUACCUGUGCAUGAUCCACCAGUGUUCCACGCACCGCCUUCAUAAUGAUCAGGCGACCAAGUACGUAAGAUGGUCAGACCCGUGUAGUUUGGGUGUUUAGCCAUUGCCUUUAUGAUUGUUUCUACAGAGAUCCCAAAUGCUUCGACGUUGUUAAUCUUUUCGGGUUUUGAUUUGUCUGGCCACCA